GAGCAACUUGACAUUAGAUUGAUAACUACGCAAAAUUCCAGUAUACGUACAAACAUUUAUAUUUUUUUUUGUAAAUCCCAACUAAUGCAACGCAAUUAUCGCAACCCUAGGCCUUGUGCCGGCAAAAUAUUUGGCCUAUCAAUAAUUUUUAUUCUUCUGACUGUUAUACCCUGGCUAUUGGUCAGUUUAAGAGGUUUAAAUGCCGUCUUUUUUGAUGAGUCCUUACUCCUAUCAGCCUCAAUUAUAAUGAUGAGCUGCCUGAUAAUAUUGGCCACCAUGGAUUUGGCUGACAAACAGAUACCUUCAGUUGUGGAAUGGCUUCUUACAUUUCUAAUGAUAGCGGCGGUUACUUGUUGGUCAUUGAGUCUCAUUGAUGGUAACACAUUUAUGGAGUGCAUUGUUUUAUUGGUCUCUGUGAUCCUUUUUAUGGUGAUUUUAAGUGCCCUAGGUGCUAAAUGUCCAUUGGAUUUAAUUGUCAUCUACGCUUCAUUUUUACUAAUCUGGUGGUUUGUGUCGCUGGGAUUGGCUAUUGUGAUUUUAUGCCUGAUAUUUGCCGCAGAGAAGCAUACAUUGGCGAUAUAUCUGUUUGCCUUUACAGUGUAUCCUUUUUUACUUUCGUUUGUAAUCUAUACAGGAAUGCUAAUAAGCAGUGGACGUUUUAAUGGCAAUUCCCUGACGCAAUGUGUUGCACCUGCUCGCAGUGUCUAUUUCCAUUUUGUGAUGCUAUAUUUGGUUACAUUGAUGGUGUGGAGAGAAUCUCAAGGUGUUGGUGGCUAUCCCAAGGGCAAUUGAAGAAAAAUGAAAACGCUUUAAACACCUUUAUUGUUGAACUUAAUUCUUAAUACAUAUCGCCUUUCUAAAUCCUAAAGAUAUUCAAAAAGUACCACCGCAUUGACGAAUAAUGUAAGGAAAAUUAAAAACGCCAAGGUGAUGUAGAAACCCAAGUAAGCUGCCUCGUCCUCGUAGAAUAUUAGCGAGCCCAGGGAUCUAGCCCAUACUAUGAUAAACUGUAGAAUAGGUAACGAAAGUAAGAAGGUAAUCAUUUCGUGGUCUCGCUUGAUGUUGCAAGAACAUUCGACUUACAAUCGACACGAAAAAUGUCAACAGCAAUGCAAUACUGAUUUGCACAUGUUGAUCAUCAAAUGACAGAGUCAUCAGCAGGCAGAUGGAUGUUAGUAGGAAAUAUCUCAUCGUCCACAAUGUCAAGUACAAGGCAUCCUGUUCCAACUCCAGCUAAAAUUGUUCGAAUGAAGUUGAGAAUUUAACACUAUGACGUUGGGCCAGAAACUUACGUGAAAUCUUAAAGCGACCAAAAGACUGACAAGCAUGACACAUGAUGUUAGUCCAGCUGCCAUAGCAAUGCGUGAUGUGGUGGAUUGGGCUAUGGGUCUGACCAAAAUUGUUGAACUUAAUUCCAUCUGAAAUAAAUGCUCGGCUUUCAUCAUAA